CUUCAAUAAUAGAACCAAUAGUACAAUCGCCAUCGCUACAUCAUCAGCCGUCGGCUGCCAUCGUAACCACGCUGUUUUCCGUGUUUUUCAACUUUUCAAGGUGACACUAUGCUGCGCACAGCUGUCGAGACGAAGCUACUGCCGGCCAGGCAGGACGGCGUACCCAUUACCAAGUCGGUUGAUAUAAUAGAAGAUGAAGGAAGCAGUGACGAAGCCGAAAAGGACUCCGAGGAAGAGAGCUUAGAGAAGCUAGUGUUUGGGUCAUGUCGCGAUCCGGUCGAGUCGUCCCACGUUAAAAGACGGAGGAAGAAGGCAUCUAAGCGGAAAACGUCUGAGUGUGAGGAUGAAAGUGAUGCAGAGAGCAUUGGUUUGCUGCCGCAACAUGCCGUGAAGAAGCCUGCUUGGCAGGAUGAAGACGACAAUGACAUCCAAGGGGAAGACAAAGAAGAGCACACUGACGGGCGGCCACUUCACAAGAUGGCUAGAAAGACAGACGAGUAUUCUGAUCACUUGAGAAAAAAGUACACAAAAAUUAUGGGUGUACCAAGGUGGGCAGAGCAAAGUGACGCCGACAAACCGUCAGAUGACGAGGAAGAUGAUGAAAUAUUGCGAAAAGCAACUAGAUUUGUUGGAGACUCUAAGAACCUGCCAGCAAGCACGUUGCAAAUUCACAAAUGUACACCACUGGCCUUUGAGUCCAGGGAAAAUAGCAUGCUGAAGAGUGUCGAGUUUCAUCCAAACUCUCAAGUGGCUCUUGUAGCAGCUCUUUCGGGCACAGCAACUAUUUGCCAGGUUGAUGGAAAGACCAAUGCCAAGAUUCAGGCUGUUCACUUUGACCGCUUUCCUAUAUAUUGUGCUCAUUUUUCUUUGGAUGGCCACGAAAUAUGGGCCGGCUCUUCGCAGAAGGACCACAUGUUCUGCUAUGACAUGAUGGCCGGCAAAACGACGGAGAUCCGUUUUCCUAAAGGUCUCAACGUCACAAACACGAAGCAGUUUUAUGUGUCACCUGAUGGACUGUACUUUGUGCUGACUGGACGCUUCGGUGAAAUAUACAUUGUCUCUGCAAAAUCAAAGGAGUGUUUGGACACACUAAAGAUGAAUAAGCAGGUGAAGUGCGUUGCAUUUUCACCUGAUGGCUCUUUGAUGUACACUAUUGGUGGCAGUGAUGUCUGCAUUUGGGACAUGAAGAGUCGUCGCUGCCGGCAUCGUUUCACGGAUCAUGGAUGCCUAGAUGGGCUCUCUCUGGCUGCUUCGCCAAACGGACAGUUUCUUGCUUCAGGGUCUGAUUCAGGUGUGGUGAAUGUCUACGAGACAUCUAAGCUGUUUGAAACGAGGUAUCCUGCUCCUCUAAAAGAAAUUAUGAACCUUACAACAGAGGUGACACAGUUGAAGUUCAAUUGCACGUCAGAACUGCUAGCCAUGAGCUCAUCUUUCAAACCUAAUGCUGUCAAGAUGGUCCACUUUCCCAGUCUGACUGCCUUCUCCAACUUCCCAGGAAAGCACGACUUCAGAUAUUCAAAUUGUAUCGACAUAUCGCCAAACAGUGGAUACUUUCUCUGUGGGAACAAUUUGGGAACUGCACAUCUGUUCAGGCUCAAGCACUAUUCAAAUUUUUGAUCCAUGUCAAGACAUGCUUUCACAAGUCACAAUUGGAGAAAAAUGGCUCUGUAAAAUACUCUGUAAUAAAUCUCACCAUUGUGUCCC